UGCGCCCGAGCGUCGUAAACGAGAGAGGGAUAACGCCCUGCGAGUACGUACUCCGCCGCAGCAUGCUGAGCCAAGAGCGGUGCCGGAUUUCUCACACAGUUGAGGCACUCCUUAGGGGCUCUAGCGAAUUGAAGGGGUAUACGCCAUCACUGUAAAGAUGCGUGUAGACAGCCGAGUGUAGGCUGCCAAGUGGCGGAGGCGGCUAAGAACAGCCUAGAGAAAUUUGGCAACGUUUGACAUGGCGCCGUGCACCCGUACGAACGAUUUGACAGGUGCUUACACAGACCAGGCUCGAGUGCUGGCGGAGAUCUCAACGUGGAGAAACGGUCAGUACUAUGGUCCAUUGGGAAAAAAUAGUCGCAAUCCCGCGCGAAGUGCCUGCUUCAAGUCCGGCGGCGAGGCUGUUCAAGUCGGAAUCGCAGUCGAAAUCGUACGAUAUCCUUUCAUUCCACCGAUGGGCUUUGCUAGAUUUGACCGAGACCGCCGUCCACGUGUGCUGUACUCCGGCAACUCAGAAAACAUACGAUCCCAAGAACGUGGAGAAGCAAUGCCCGGUGCUGAAACUUCUUGGAAACAACUUGGCCACUGGGCGGAGGCCAGAGCACGUAGUCAGACGCCCUGUUCACCCCGGGCUGGACGUCUUGGCUCUUCCCGCCUCCAGGUCACCGCCCGUCUGUCACCAGGCAGCGAACGGCCCACACGACUGCCAGACCCUCCCGUUCGCCCACAGGCUCCUCCGCCCGGGUCUCCUCUGACACUGAGAACCGUUUCCCCUUAGAAUCAUGCGACUUUCGAAACGCACCACGCAUUAGCCACAUACCCGCCACUGCAUCGUUGCGUCAGGACCCUACUCGC